AUGUCUUUUAACCCUACUGAUAUUGUGGGAGCAGGCGGGAUAGACGAUUCGCGCUUCAAACCAUGGUGGGAAAAACGCCUUGAUGAUAGCUUGAGGAACAAGAAUAUAAGGGCUAUACAUGUGGAUAAUGCUCUAGCCACCCCAGCUGUAAAUUCUGAAAACCAGGUUCCGCAACAACAAGAUGGUGUUGUUGGAAACCAGAUCCCGCAACAACAAGAUGGUGUUGUUGAAAAUCGGGUCCAGCAACAACAAGAUGGUGCUGUUGGAAAUCGGGUCCAGCAACAACAAGAUGGUGUUGUUGAAAACCAGGUCCAGCAACAACAAGAUGGUGCUGUUGGAAAUCGGGUCCAGCAACAACAAGAUGGUGCUGUUGGAAAUCGGGUCCAGCAACAACAAGAUGGUGUUGUUGGAAAUCGGGUCCAGCAACAACAAGAUGGUGUUGUUGGAAAUCGGGUCCAGCAACAACAAGAUGGUGCUGUUGGAAAUCGGGUCCAGCAACAACAAGGUGGUGUUGUUGAAAACCAGGUCCCGCAACAACAAGGUGGUGUUGUUGGAAAUCGGGUCCAGCAACAACAAGAUGGUGUUGUUGGAAAUCGGGUCCAGCAACAACAAGAUGGUGCUGUUGGAAAUCGGGUCCAGCAACAACAAGGUGGUGUUGUUGGAAAUCGGGUUCCGCAACAACAAGGUGGUGUUGUUGAAAACCAGGUCCCGCAACAACAAGGUGGUAGUGUUGGAAACCGAAAUCAGGUCGGUGCCAAUGUUCUCUCAAAACAAAUUGAGAAAAAAGCACAAGAGGCUAUUACUGGAAAAGAUUUCAAACUUGCCGAAAAAUUAGACCUAAUGGCUGAAGUAUACGAAUCUCUCGUCAUGGAUAAGUUACAACGACCGUAUAACCCGAUAGUUGGAACUAUGUGUUGUGGACCUUGGGAGAAAUUUUUAAAGCGCAUUAACCCAGGAUCAAAAAUUGCAGCAUGUUACUUCGUGAGAUGUUGUCUUGCUGGUGUUGGUUGUUUCUUUAGGAUUAGUAGGUUGUGUCUCGUAUUUUAUAUUGUAUUAUCGUCCGUAUCAGCCGAAUUCGUCACACUGCCUGCUUUCAGAUGA